AUGUCGGGCUCCACCCUCAGCCUGAACCAUGACCCGACCCCCUCACGCAGCACGCUGGGACGCCAGGCGAGCUUCCAGGAACGCAGCAGCUCCAGACCAACGGUGACUCCUCGGUCAAACACGUUGCCGUCUGACCCGCAGCGCCGAGCGUUCGCCAUGAGGAAGAUGAGACAGGAAGUCAACGAGAUCCUGAACCAAAACCCUGUGGAGCUACACAAGCUGACUCUGGAGAAAGCUUCAGAUCUGGAGGAUUUCGGCUUCAGUGUGUCUGACGGUAUGUUGGAUCGCGGCGUCUACGUUAACAACAUCCGAGCGGGAGGACCGGCGGAGCGAGGCGGCCUCAGAGCCUACGACCGAAUACUGCAGAUAAACCACGUCCGGACGAGGGACUUCGACUGCUGCCUCGUCGUUCCUCUCAUCGCCGAGUCAUCGAACCACCUGGAGCUCGUCAUCAGCCGAAACCCCGCCUCCUCCAACCCCGCCGGCCUGCUGGCCAAUCACACGGACGACAGCGGCCACUCCCCUCAGACAAUCGGUAGCGAGCUGGGACCGUCGGAGCUUCCCAUUGGCCAGGGGGAGGACGGCGGGCCAAUCAAGUGGAACCAACCGGGCGACGGGCUGGGGGCGGGGCUUGUGAAUAAAUCCUUAUAG